AUGCUGACGUGUCGCGAGCCCCCGUCGACAAAUCGUACUAACAUAGACGGGGACGCACCACCUCCAGUAAAACCCCCUCAGUCAAAUUUGCCCCACGCAAAAACCACAUCAAAACCCCCCACCCACAAAACGAACCCAAAAACCCAACAAACACUUCCACCGCCGUCCUCCACAAGCCCGAUCAUGAUCGUGAUCGCCACCGCCACCUCCCCUUCUCCGUCUCCAUCACCAUCACCAUCACCAUCACCGUCACCGUCACCCUCAACAGCACCGUCGCCGUUAACAACUGCUUCCCUCCUCGCGCGCUCGUCAGCUUCCCCGCCGCCGUCCAGGCUCCCCAUCGACUUCAGCCCGCCGCUGAUCGCCAUGGUCGUCAUAAUCGCCACCGCCUUCGUCAUCGUCACCUACUCCCGCCUCAUCUCCCGCUACUUCAUCGACCUCCGCCGCCGCUACCGGCGCUGGCGCCGCCGCCGCCGCCUCCUCCGGUCCUACGUCCCCUCCUCCUCCGCCGGCGACUUGGAGUCCCCCAACUUCAACGCCUCCUCCCUGACCGACGCCUCCUUCCACGUCCUUUCCCCUUACGGCCUCGACGAGGCCGUCAUCAAGACCAUUCCUCUCUCCAUCUACACGCGCAAGAGCAGCGCGCACGAGUGCGCCGUGUGCUUGCUCGAGUUCGAGGAGAACGACUACGUCCGUACCCUCCCGGUUUGUUACCACGCCUUCCACGUGGAUUGCAUCGACAUAUGGUUAGGCUCGCACGCGAAUUGUCCGUUGUGUAGGGCGGGGAUAUUACGGCCGGAAUCGCCGUUCGUUCCGGUCAUGGCUUCUAGGAUUAGGCCUAGCCUAGAUGAUCAGCUGAUCGUCGAGAGUAUAAUUCUGGAAGAACCGUUAGCGGAAAGCCGUUCUUCUGAUUUUCGGCUAACGGUGGGUGAGAUCACACAGGAGAUCAACUCACCGGGAAGGAAUACUGCUCCUCAGUCGGAGGACCGAUUAGACGGCCGAAAUUUUUUGUUGAAGCGGUCGUACUCGUUCGGAUUCGAGCGGAAUUUAGGAUCGGAGAGGUUAGUUAUGGAGUCAGCGACGGCGUCGCCGUGGAGGUACCGGAGGGGAGGAGGAGGAGGGAGUAGUUUCUGGAGCAAACGGCCGUCGCCGUUCAGUUCGUUGACGAAACAUAGAGUGUUCUCGUUUCGUAACUACAGAGGGAUGAAGUCUCCGUUUUUCAGGCGGCGAGGGGGAUUCUUUCCGUUCUCGGAGUCUAGCGCGAGGAAUUCCGGCGGCGGCGGAGGAGGAUCGUCACGGCGGAGCAAGUCGUUGGCGAGUCCGAUGUUCAUGAGGUCGUCGGCCACGGCGGGGCAGUUCUCGUCGAGCCGGUUGAGGAGCGGGGAUCCGGAGGCGUUGCUAUCUCCGGAGAGAUAUAACAGACGGUAGACAAUAGUAAGAAAACGAGUAAGCUCACCUAGACAUCAGAGUUACAUCAAAGUUACGUGCAAAAAAUAGAAGAAUUUGAAGUGAGAUUCGUUCAUUUUGUUGUUGCCAAGAAAUUGACAGAAUAUACGGCAAAGGUGGUCGUGGAUAGGCGCGUAAUCUGGUAUGGACGCUCGAGUUAUUAGAAAGAAGAGCGGUGGGAAGUGAGAUUUGUUGUUGCGGGGAGAUUAACGGGCGGAGAGGGCGGCAAAGGUGGUGGCGGGUAGGUGCGUAAAUUGGCUUGGACGCUUGAGUUAUACACAUAUAUUUUUUUUUUAAAAGAGUAGAGGGAAGUGAGAUUCUUUGUUGCCGGGAAAUCAAUAGCCGGAAUAGACGGCGGAGGCGGAGGUCGAGGUGGUGGUGGUGGUGGUGGUGGCGGGGGAUGGGGUCGGCUGCUUUAAUGGAGGGUGGCGUGGAAGAAUUAAAUGAGGUUGGGGACUGUGGGCUGAAUUUUUGUAAGGCGGUCAUUAAAUGUGGAGUGUUGGGGGUAGGAAAGUGCAUUAAAUGUUAGAAUUGACGAGAGAGAGAGAGUGAGAGAGAAAGCGGUUAAUUAUAGAUGGUAGGAGAGAGAGUCGGUGCCCCCUUUCUAUCUCUUUCUCUCUCUCUCUCUGAUUUUUUUUUUUUGCAUCUAUAUGUAAGUAUAUGUUCAAGAUUUUAUAUGUACACAUCUACCACUCUUUUUUGUUUUCUGGUGGGACUUUUACUCUCACCGGUCUUCUUAUGCUUGGGUUUUUCUCCUCCUUUUCUAGUAGUGAUGGGAAAGCGGGAAUUUGAUUGGGGUUGGCACCUUGCCACCCGCUUUUAUUGUUUUGCUAGUGCCUUUGGUUCUGUUUUUCGUUUGGUUGUGUUUGGAUUCCUCUCUCUCUCUCUCUCUCUCGUUUUUGGCUUGAAUUAUGGAACUGGGGUGCAUGGGGGACAACAUACUUGUUGGGUUGAUCUCGACUGUUCAUCUCGGCAAUGGAUUGCGGCCGUCCGUUGCUUUUCGGGUGAGAUGCAAUUCGAGCCGUCCAUUUCAUGCUGUCGCAUGCACCCUGGAAGCUGAAUUAUGUAGCUGAGGCUUCAGUGCGUGAUGCAGCUAAUUGGUUCUGAGUGAUGCAUGCACGUUAGUUUGCAACUAUUUUUAUCCAAAAAAAAAAUCUCAAGGCAUUUACAAGUACAUUAUUUGAGAGAUUAAUUUCAUCAUCUAUUGGUAAAAAAAAAAAUCUGUUUAGAGUUGGAAUAACGCAUCAGAUAUACGUCGUGUCAUAAGAACGGAUGGCACGUUUACAAAGUUUUGAAUUUGAAACUUGGAAUAAGCAAAUUAAUUAACCUCUA